AUGCAUAUUCUUCGCAGUGCUGCGGGCCUAGCUGCCCUCCUGGGCCUCGCCCCUAGGCAGUUUGAACCCGACUCGGUGCAGCUUUUCGAUAGCGUGACCGGUCUCAACUAUUCCUCGUACACCAACGACCGCCACAUCACGUACCGCGUUGCUAUACCGGACCCCUUGCCGGGCAACUUAGAGUACGACACGGUUCUCCAGGUCAUCGCACCUAUCGAUGUCGGCUGGGCCGGUCUUGCGUGGGGCGGAGCCAUGACAUACAACCCCCUAGCCAUUGUAUGGGCCAACGGGACUAACAACGUCGUGGUGGCGUCGAGAAUCGCCUACGGCUAUUACUCCCCUCCGGCCUAUCCGCAGGCGAACUACACGGUCCUCAAGACAGGGACCCAUAUCAAUGCGACACACUGGCAAGUGACUGCCAAGUGCUCGGGAUGCUCUAAAUGGGGCGACGACGACAUUGGAUUCACCGAGCUGGACCCGCAAUACCAGGUCACCUUUGGCUUCGCCUACGGAAACAACCCCGUCGACACGCCAUCGAGCAUAGCGUCGACUUUUGGCAUCCAUGAUAGCAUAGGACAUCCGGUGUAUGACCUGCAGGUGGCUAAAAACGCAGGCUUCACCGCCAAGGUAGAGGGGCUCUGA